UACCAAGUGGCGGCGGUAGGCAAGACAUGGGAGAAUCAUGGUAGAAAAGGGCGACUAAGGAAUAGCUCCACUUGACGGGGUUGGGAUCAAGUUGCGACCACCGGGUCAGGCAACGAAGAUCUAGCAACCAGUAAGCGUUGAAAAAACGAGCAUCGACGAAUCUCAACACGGUAAGAAACUUGUCUCUAAUGUCGUCGAGCAGAUUUGGUCGCGACUAUAACUCCAAUAGUAGCGGUGAUGAGUGGGUACCAAGAAGUCAACGACCACGGCAACAGAAAGGGCGAGCAAAGAAGGCAACACCUAUAGAGGUUACUCCAAUUCCACUUGUUACUCCACCUGCAGUUGUUGCUUCAGCUCCUCAAGAGCAUGUAAACACAAAGGAAAGAGAAGGCACUAAAGAAGAUUGUACAACUAUGGUGAUCAAUGAUCACAAAGUUACUCUAGUUCCAAGUGUUACUCCAUAUGUAGCUGUUACUCCAUCUCCUCAACAACAUGCUAUCACAAAGGAAAGAAAAAGUAUCAAAGUACAUGGUACAACUAUGGUGACCAAUGAUCACAAUGUUACUCCGAUUCCAACUAUUACUCCAUCUCCUCGAGAGCAUGCCAACACAAAGGAAAGAGAAAGUAAUAAAGAAGAUGCUACAACUGUGGUGAUCAAUGACCUCAAUAGCGGACACGACCUCUCACUAGAGCCGACAUUGAAGUGGAACACCGUCAGAGAGCGCCACCUGCACCGCGUCCCAGUCUCCGCGCCUGUUCAAUACCGCAGCGACGUUACUGGACGGGACGACUAUGUACCACAUUCAAACCGAUUGCCCGUCCGCGCCAGCCAGCCAACAUUAAAUAGGCAUGACAGCCCAGAAACCCACUCCAACGCCCGCAUUGACACAAUCCACCGCUUGGCCUUGCCGGUACCCGCUAUUUGA